UGCUGCUGUUCCUGCACUGAUUAUCCAGGGUUUAGGUGCAUGUCUGGGAUCAUUAUUUUAGUUUCAUUUUACUUAUUGACUUACUGUUUAAUUAAUUAAAUACGAUUUAGUUUUUAAAUCAGAAUUUUCUCUAAAAGGGAAGUCACAGAACUGCUGUGAGUGUUUCUGGUAGGUUAGGAAGUUUAGUAGGUUUCAACCAUUCUAAUGCCAAACUCGACAAACUUGAUUUAGUUGAACAUCCGGAACUACCUUCACUGAAACCUGGAUUAACUGCACCGAACUCAGUAACGCUUCAGGAGAAAAUACUUGGUAAAGUUUACUGUUAGUGUGUGAAAUGGAAAGUCAUAAAGAAGUGAUCAAGAGACUUCAGGUUGCAUUCAGAUCUGGUGUGACUGUUCCCCUCCAAUUCCGUCUGACUCAGCUGGAGGCUUUGCUUUCUCUACUAGAGGACAAUGAGACACAGAUCUUAGAGACACUGCGCAAGGACCUUGCCAAGCCCAAGUUUGAGGCAGUGCUAUCAGAAAUUGAUAUUGUGGCCAAUGAGCUUCGUUAUACCAUUUGUAACCUGCAAGAUUGGAUGCAACCCAGCUAUGUGGGCAAAAAUCUGGCAACAAAACUGGAUGACUGCUUUGUACGCAGAGAGCCAUUAGGUGUAGUUUUGAUAAUAGGAGCAUGGAACUAUCCUCUCCAGCUCAUUUUGGCCCCACUGAUUGGUGCUAUUGCUGCAGGCAAUUGUGCCAUUCUCAAACCGUCUGAGAUCAGUCAAGCAACGGAAAGCCUUCUCUCAGACCUUAUACCCAAGUACCUGUCUCAGGAGUGCUUUGCAGUUAUACGUGGAGGAGCAGAGGAUACCAAAUUGCUGUUGCAGAACAGAUUUGAUCACAUCUUCUACACGGGCUCUAAAGUGGUGGCGCGUAGCAUCAUGCAGGCAGCAGCAGUGCACCUCACCCCCGUCACGCUAGAGCUUGGUGGAAAAUGCCCCUGUGUCAUUUACGGCGAGCUGGACGUCAAAGCCGCCGCAAAGAGGCUGGUCUGGGCCAAAUUCUUCAAUGCAGGACAGAGUUGCGUGGCACCAGAUUACAUCCUGUGCACAACAGAGAUGCGAGAUAUGCUGAUACCUGCAAUUACUGAAGCCUUGGAGGGCUUCUAUGGGCCUCAUGUGCAGCAAAGCCCUGACUACGGCCGCAUCGUGACAGACAGGCACUGGAACAGACUUACAGAACUUCUGGAAAAGUCAAAAGGAAAAGUGGUUGUUGGAGGAGACUGCUCGAGAGAGGAAAAAUUCAUUGCUCCCACGGUGGUAGUGGAUCUACAAGAAUCAGACGCUCUGAUGGAAGAGGAGAUAUUUGGCCCCAUCCUUCCCAUCAUCACUGUGGAGUCUCUAGAGCAGGGCAUCAGCUUUAUUAACCAGAGGGAGAAGCCCCUGGCUCUUUACGUCUUUUCUGACAACUCUCAGGUGGUGACCACAGUGUUGGAGAGAACCAGUAGCGGAGGGUUUUGCUCUAAUGAUGGAAUAGUUCACAUGACACUUCCUGGUUUGCCUUUUGGAGGAGUGGGUGAAAGUGGGAUGGGUUGUUAUCACGGCCGUUGGAGUUUUGAGACCUUCAGCCACAGACGAGCUUGUAUGCUACGUACCUGGAAACUUGAGCGAAUCAGUGCAUUACGCUAUCCACCAUACGGAGAAACAAACCUGGGCUGGCUGCGCUGGGCCACAACAGCUAAAAAGAAGAGCUGGGGAGUGUGCAGUGUGAUGUGACAAAAUAAGGCUUUUAUUGCUUACUACUGGAAUGAAAGUACCUAAACGAAAGCAUGCAAGCAUUAAGUUGUACGUUUUCAGGUACCACUAAUGCAAGCGCUUACCUGUGCUGCAGACUGUGAAACUAAUGCAAUCCUUAUUAAAGACUACUUAUUUAAAAGUAGUUUUUGAUGGUUUGACACUGCAUCAAAAGUAUUUGAUUUAAAUUCAGAUUUAACAGUGAUCCGGUGAUACUGUUCAGUACAGCUAUAGAAAAUAAUUAUGCCUAACUUUUAUCUUUCUGUACAUGACAAUCGCAGCAUACGUCCAAAUAUGUCUUGUAUGUCCUGAAAUGUAAACAAAAGUCUAUUAAAGACUUAUUUAAUACACUAA